UAAAACAUUAUACCUACUGCCUUAGUGUAGGUGGGUCGGCUAGUAAGGGCAUUGUUAUGCCUCGCCGCGAUUUCGUUUAGUUACCAUGUAUUGAAAUCAUUAAUAGUGACCAUAAAAUAGCUUUAUUCGAGCUAGUGCUAGUAAUAGGACCGUUAUUACAAUUGAAUCUGAUUUAAAUGCGUCCCCUGGUGUCCUUGUCCUAGAAAUAUUUAUGUAACUAAUGUGCUGCUCAGCUGUUUUUAUUUAAAGGAAUAAAUUAAAAGAUAUUAGCAAAUGUAAAGCACCUGGGUGAAGAUCUUCCUAACCGUUGGACAAGAUUACUGGGAAGCUGAUUCUAUUUCAGUUUUGGCCGCGAUCUACAGGCCUUUGUAUUAUAAUGCAAACAUGUCCCGUAGAAGAUUGUUGGUUGGAUGUACGGCAGGUGUAACUGGAGCGGCUAUUGCAGCCUGGGCUUUUGCUGCCGAUGACUCACCUUUGAAUUGGUACCAGACUGCAACGGUUUCAGCUAAAACUGAUCGUAAAAAGCGACCUCUACCGCCUAGGUCCGAGCAAAUCAAAAACCUGCAAGCGGGCCACACAUAUGACGUUCUUAUUAUCGGGGGUGGCGCCACGGGGGCCGGUUGUGCCCUGGAUGCCACCACACGAGGUCUCCGCACAGCACUAGUAGAAUCAGAUGACUUCGCGAGCGGUACAUCAAGUAGAAGCACAAAGUUGAUCCACGGCGGGGUCAGAUAUCUCCAAAAGGCGAUUCUUCAGCUGGACUACGAACAAUAUAAGAUGGUGAAGGAGGCGUUACACGAAAGAGCCAAUAUGCUGGAAGUAGCACCGCACUUGACAAGACCAUUACCAAUAUUGCUACCUGUUUAUAAAUGGUGGCAAGUACCAUAUUACUGGUUUGGUAUAAAGAUGUAUGACCUGGUGGCUGGAGACAGGAAUCUGAAGAGCUCUUACUAUCUAUCUAAGAACAAUACUCUAGAACUAUUUCCUAUGUUGAAAUCUGACAACUUGUGUGGAGGCAUCGUGUAUUAUGACGGUCAGCAAGACGACGCUCGUAUGAAUUUGGCUAUCGCCUUGACAGCUGCCAGACAUGGCGCCACAAUCGCCAAUCAUGUCCGAGUUCUGAAGUUGCACAAGACAGCUGGAAAAUUGAGUGGCGCUAGAGUUAGGGACGAACUAACAGGAAAGGAAUGGGAUAUCAAAGCAAACAGUAUUAUCAACGCAACUGGACCAUUUACCGACUCCAUCAGAAAGAUGGAUGACCAGGCCGUUAGAGAGAUUUGCUGCCCAUCUUCUGGAGUGCACAUUGUUUUGCCAGGAUAUUACAGCCCUGAACACAUGGGUCUCCUAGAUCCGUCUACGUCAGACGGUCGUGUGAUUUUCUUCCUUCCAUGGCUGAAAGGGACCAUCGCUGGCACAACUGACCUGCCUUGUGACGUUACGCACACGCCCAAACCCACGGAAGACGAAAUCCAGUUCAUCCUCACCGAAGUCAGGAAUUAUCUUAACCCCGAUGUUGAAGUCCGUCGCGGUGAUGUCCUGUCAGCAUGGUCGGGCAUUCGGCCUCUGGUGUCCGACCCCAACAAGCCGGACACGCAGUCCCUCGCCCGUAACCACAUAGUCCAUGUAUCUCCGUCCGGGCUGGUCACCAUCGCUGGAGGGAAAUGGACCACUUACCGAUCGAUGGCCAGUGAAACUGUUGACGCUGCAAUUGAAAGUGCGAACCUGAAACCUCUGUUCCGAGAUUGUCAGACCGACGGCUUCCUCAUUGAGGGUGCGCAUGGCUGGACACCUACUAUGUACAUACGACUCGUACAGGACUUCGGACUGGAAAUGGAGGUGGCCCAACACUUGGCGAAAUCUUACGGUGACCGAGCCUUUGCUGUCGCCAAAAUGGCUGCCAUGACAGGUCAAAGAUGGCCUGUCAUUGGUAAGAGGUUGCACCCUGAGUUCCCCUACAUCGAUGCUGAAAUCAGAUACGGCGUCCGCGAAUACGCGUGUACUGCGAUCGACAUGAUCGCUCGUCGUCUCCGUCUAGCCUUCCUCAACGUACAAGCUGCUGCCGAGGCCUUGCCUGGCAUUAUCGAUAUUAUGGCCGAAGAACUUAAGUGGAACGAGUCUGAGAAACAGAGACAAAUGAAAAUGGCCGCCGAUUUCCUAGCGAACGAAAUGGGACAGAUGGUGAACCGGGCUAGUCGUGACAAAAUACCUAUUAACCUCAACAAAGACGAAAUACAGACAUACAUCAAACGUUUCCAGAUCAUAGACAAGGAUAAAAAGGGUUAUGUGUCUAUUAACGAUAUCAGAAGGAGUCUUAAGAACUACGGCGAGGAGGUGACCGGCGAACAGUUGCACGAAAUAUUGCGUGAGAUCGACACUAACAUGAACGGGCAGGUCGAACUCGACGAAUAUUUGCAGAUGAUGUCAGCCAUCAAAUCGGGUCACGUGACGUAUUCCCGCUUCGCCCGGAUGGCGGAAAUGGAAGAGGAGCAUCACGAAAAGGAAGUUCUCAAGAAACAGAUCAGCGUUGAGAGGAGUGGCGGUGGCUUGUAAGCCUUUGUUAGAUAGUUACGAACACCUCUUCAGUUAAACGAUCCUGUAGAUUUAACUUACCCCAGAGUAUUAUUGGGAAGAACAUCAAGUACUACAACUAAAAAAUGAACUUGUUUAAAUCCUUAUUAUCGUGUUAGUGUUACCCGUUAUUUAUUAUGAUUUAGCACAUAGCAUGUAGCAAGUUAUUAACAUCGUGAUAUUUUAUUUAACCUUAAGACCUUAAAAUAAUUAUUUAUUGAACAAAUUAAAUCACCGAAGCUUUUCUCGCUAAAAUGUUUUUUUUUUUCUAUUUUGAAUGUUUACACAUAUAGUAUUUAUUAAUAAAGACAUUUUCGAAUUAUCUUUGAUUCAAUAAAGUAUUAGAAAAAUGAA